GUCAACACCAACUGAAUAUUUGACAGUUAAUCCAGAUGAGAAUUUCAGUAUAAAUGGAGGUAAGGAUUCCAUAACGGAAGCGUUUAAGACAACUUCGAAAUAUGCAAAGAUACGUAUCGACAUGAAGGAUAUGACAGUUAAUAAAGGCGACACUACGUUCGCGGAGAUCGUUGGUGCAGGGACUUCGUACGUGAGUUAUGCCCAGGCAGAGACGUGUAACUGUAACUGGGGUUGUAAACAUGGAACAUUUAGUAUAUCUACAGAGGGUACAGGCUUCAAAUUCAGCUCUUCGUUGUCCGUGAGUGGAUUCGGAUGGCAGCCAUAUGUAGGACCUCUUACUAAAAAUAAUGACAACACGAAGAUGUCAGCAACUUGCGGGGGAUAUUGCGGCGGUUGUGAACCAAGUGGGUCCCUCUAUCUAUAUCAUGAUGAAAACACAGUGGUUGAUGAAAGCAGCGCAGUCCUCGCCAAGUGUGUCUGAAUCAAGGAUAGUUUUUCAUACCAUUUGCUCAAAGAUGAGGAUGAAUCAUUCUACGCGAAUUCAGUAUCUUUCCAUCUACCCUUAUGCCCCCUCGACGGAGACAUUACUUAAUGUC